AUGUUUACGUUCAUGGAUGCAGCCAGAGUGAAACUUGCUCUUUCCACCAACCCACCGAGCGAAGUUGAUCAGCUAAGCAGUUUGCCAGAUUGCUUGAUAUUCCAGGUAUUCUUAAAUCUCCCGACCAAAGAUGUGGUUAAGACUAGUGUGUUGUCCACCAGAUGGACAACUCUCUGGAAAGACGUACCUGGUCUGGAUUUGGACCCCAAGGAUUUCAAUAUACACGAAACAUUCGUGAGUUUUGUCGAUAACUUUCUUGAACGCAACCGCAAUUCGUCCAUACAUCGGUUUAAGUUAACGUACGAUUCUUCUUACUUUGAAGAGCCUGGUCUUGUCAAUCGCUGGGUCGAAACGGCUGCUAGGCUUAAAGUUGAACAUCUCGAUGUUUCAGACUAUUGGGAUCCCAUCAUGAAUCCAACAGUUUACACUUGUAGUAGCUUGGUGUCCCUAAGGCUCGCGAGAAUGAGCUUACCUAAUCCAGAGCUUGUUUCUUUACCUUCUCUCAAAGCUCUGGUUUUAAUCCUCGUUGUGUUUACCAACAAAUGGGCAUUAGAGAAUUUAAUCUCAAAAUGCCCAGUUCUUGAAAACUUUUCUAUUGAGAGACGCUACGGUGAUGGAAUACCGAUUUUACGUGUGCAUUCUAAGUCUCUGUUGACCUUCGUGCAUGAUGCGGGUAAUCACGAGGAUUAUGAUGAAGAGGAAUAUGAUGAAGAUCGUAAUGUUGAAAUUGAUGCUCCCAUGCUUAAGUAUUUGAUGAUCAGUGAUGGUCUAACUUCAAGUUUCAUAAUAAAGAGUCCACCUUCCGCUGUAGAAGCUGAUAUAGAUAUUGUGUUUAACUUGACUUCUGAAAGGAUACUCGGAGUUGCAUAUGAAGUACAAAAGAUAGAGAUGGUUCGUGAUUUUCUCUUCGGGAUCUCUAAGGUCAAGGAUAUGAGCAUCUCCUCAAGUGCUCUCCAGGUCAUAUAUGAUUACGCAAGAUAUAUACAACUACCGGUAUUUCGUAACGUAUAUACCUUGUGUGUCAGGUUCGACAGCUACAUGUGGGAGAUGUUGCCAGUCUUUCUUGAAGUCUGUCCGAAUCUAAAAAAUCUUGUUGUGGAAACUACUGAAAAUUACCACAUGGUGGGAAUUAUUGUUACUGCCAGACCUUGGAAUCUGUUAUCAUCUCCAGAGCAUGUUGACAUAGAAAGGCCACUGAAAGGGGAGGCGUUGGAGAUGUCACUAGUGGGUUACUUACUCGAGAACUCACCAAACCUCAAGAAACUAUCAUUAAGCUUGGAUGAUGCCCCAAAGAAAGGAGAAUCUGGCAUCUACAUAGAACUCCUUAACUUUCCGAGACUCUCUAGGUCAUGCCAAAUUAUUGUACGAUGA